UCUUAAAAGCAUUAUUACUGGAAAAAUGCUACUGUGAAUGAUCAUAACAUAGAAUACAGAAAACCCAACACUGUAAGAAUACAUUCAGUAUAUUAACUGGUAAAACCUAUACUCUCCUUUUUGUAUUAAUCUGAAACAGGCAUGCACUAAAACGGGCAUGCACUCAUUCACUUAAACAUCUGCUAUUUGUAUAAAGAGAUGUAGAAUUAAAAAAAAAAAAAAGUUGAGCCAUACAAACUCUUUAGGUCCUGGUUUUGGUGGCACUGCACUGCAUACAUAUAUGAAUAUUGGUCAAUCACACUUAAAGGCAAGUACAGUUUCUUAAAGGCAGGCUGCUCAUUAGUUAAACAGGUUUGCUUUUCACCUUUCAUUCUACAAUUUUGUAAUUCUAAACAGUUGAUAGUACACUAAGACCAAAACAGUGUACUGAACCACUGAGAUGUAGAACAUGAAUGAUUAAAAUGUUAAGUCUUGAAUUAAGGUUUAGGAAGAUAGGGAACUAACAACAACAAAGUAAGCAGUAUUCCAAGUUCUGGGGAAAGCUGAGACGGAGACUUCAACUGGACAAGCUGCUGGCUCCCAAGGCACUCUAACAGUCAUCUUCCAGAGGCUAAAGCCCUAAAGUAAUUACUGGUGCCCCUUUCAUUCUGGAAAGUGCCCUGCCCUGCCUAUGAAAGAUGUGUCUGGCACUUGGGAUUUUAUUUUAACCAAGUGUGCUCAAAUAAAAAGGUUUAAACACAGUAAGCUUACAGAAAGACAUCUAGCACAGUCAUAAAUUAACAAUGAGAAAUGGAACCUAGUGUGUCUAGAGAAAAGCUCAUCUGAAAUCCCAAGGGGGAUGCCUUCUCCUCUUUGCUGCAGCCCUAAUGCCACACAAAAAUGGAGAACUCCAAAACCAAAUCACUUGUGGUGGCUUUAAUGAUCCCAACCAGAAGCCACUGAAAAAUUCUGUAUACAAGGUAGCAUCUGACUAGGGAGAUGGGGGCAGCAACCAGAGUUUUCAAGGUUACAGCUUGCGGAGUUGACUGACUUCAUCUCAUGUAAGUACCCUUACUUAGAAUUACUUUCACCAGCCUUGUUUGUUUUUUGCGACUCCCUCUCUCUCUGCCACCUGCUUUUCUUUACUAGCCCACUUCAAUCUGUCAUAAAGGCAUACCUGAUGACAAUAUAAUAGUUAUUUAAGAAACAAACGAUUUCAAAUGUCAGAGCUAAAUCUGACCAAAAAUUAUGACCAUAAGCCACUGAGAAUUUGAGAGAUUAGAGAAAUGGAUUCCAAACAGCAGUUUUGUCUACCACACUUAAUGGUUAACAGGUCGGGGGAAUCCCACAUUAAGACCGACAGAAAUUUCCCUUCUCUCCAGGAAUGGCCACAAAUAACCAUGUCCGUCACAUAUAUUGACAGUCAAGGAAAACGGGAGACCCUCUCCAAAAAAAAGAAAAAGUGUCAGGAAGAAACAAAGACUAGACUAGUUCGAUGAGUAGUACAAAGUCAAAUCAUCUUGGAAAGUGCCUACUGCUAGCAGGGUUUAUGGUCUACAAUCUUUUUUUUUUAAUUACAAGGAAGUCUUUCCUAUUGUAACCUAAUUGCAUCAGAAACUAGCCAAUUUAUCUAGGAUUUUUUAAAUCAGAAAAUAUUUGGAAUAGCGCUUGAAUGUCAAGCUGCCCUACCAACAUAGACAAAAAGCCUUUCCCCAAAGACACAGCCAAGGCCAACCAGCCGCCAAAAUACCUAAGACGAGCACCGGCCCACCCUUCAUCUCUCUCUCGGGCGGUCAGAUCCCGGCCCGCUGAGCCAAAGAGGUAUGAAAGGCACGCUUUGUUGGAGGCUGUGCCGAGCACGGCGGUAACCUCAGUCUCUGGGAACUUUCUGAACACAAACACACUUCUUUAAUCCACAGUUACGCAAGAAUUCGUUUACACGUUCGUGUUCAACACAACGAGGUGAUCUGGAGGCAAGAAUCUAUCACUAAACCAAAGACCAGAAAUGAGUGGAAUGCUACCUAAAAAAGCCAAAAGUCUAUUUUAACUUUUGUUUGAUACCAUUUAAAUGAAGAAAGAGAAAAAAAUCCCAAAAUUUCAGCUGAUAACUAUCCCGUUCAGACACUGGUAAAGAUGUCACUCAAUCUAAGUCGACCUUCCUCAUCAGAGCUGGUGGAACUUCAUGUUUUUUAUGUCCCUGAAGGAUCAUGGAACUAUAAGUUAAAUACCAUUUCAAUACAAGUUGUUAACAAAUUCAUUUCAGCUGGAUUUAUAAGAGUAUCUCCUCACCUUACUUUACAAGCCCUGAGGGAACGUCUUGGUGAGUUCCUUGGUGAAGAUGCUGUUGCAGAAAAAUUUUUAUUUCUGAAAUGCAUUGGAAAUAAUUUAGCUGUGGUAAAGGAAAAACAAGAAUCAGAACUGAAGCUCAAAUCUUUUGCUCCUCCAUAUGCUCUUCAACCAGAAUUAUAUUUGCUUCCUGUAAUGGACCAUUUAGGAAAUGUAUAUUCAGCGUCAACAGUUACUUUAGAUGGGCAGCAGAGUUAUAAUGAUGUUGCUGAGGUUGAUGGAACAGUUCACAGACCAGUUAGUGUAACUUUGUCAGAGGAAGAAUCUGGAAGAGACCCCAGUUUGUUAGAAAACAUUCUGAAAGAACUUCUUAACAAGAAUCAGCAAGAAGCCGUUCGAAAAGAAAGCCAGACUGCAAAAAAUCAAAUUGGAAAUUCUGAGUUGCCAGAAUCAUUGGAAGAUUCAGAUAAUGAUUAUUGUAGCAAUAAAAAAAGUCAGUUUAUUUGGAAAAAUGAAGAUGAUUCAGCUAUCAGAAGACAGAACAAUCAGACAGGUGAAAAAGAGUGUAUCACCCUACCAGAUCUUACUGAUUUUCCUUCACUUCCUUGUCAUCCUGUUCUUUCUUCAGAAAUAACUGAUCCCUCUUUUUUACAGAUUGAGAGAGAGAAGAUUAUUGAGCAAAUGAAACAAGUAAAGGAAGAAAGAAGACAUCUGGAAAGAAUUAGAGAAGUACUAUUAAAAAAAGUUGAAAAGCUAUUUGAACAGAACAAAUUGAAGCGCUAUCAUGCCUGUGAUAGUUGGAAGAAAAAAUACCUUGAAACUAAGAAAGUGACAGCAUCAUUGGAGGAGGUCUUAACAAAACUUCGAGAAGAUUUGGAACUUUACUAUAAAAAAUUGAUGAUGCAACUUGAAGCCAGGGAGAUCAAGAUGAGACCAAAAAAUCUGGCAAACAUUACAGACUCUAAAAAUUACCUUAUAAUCCAGAUCACUGAGGUACAGCAUGCAAUUGACCAACUUAAAAGAAAAUUGGAUACUGACAAAAUGAAACUCAUAAUAGAAGUUAAGAUGAGAAAACAAGCUGUUUCAGAUUUACGAACAUUGAAAGCUGAACUGGCACAGAAAAAAAAUAACCCAUCUUUACAAUCACAAUUAGUUCCUGGAAAUGUGCAUAGCUAGGAGCUGGACAGAUGAUUUUGUUUGUGAUGAAUCAGUCAAAUCAAAAGUUAAUGUCUGAUUGAAGGGAGCAUUGGCUGCUGCAAUACAUUCUGACCAGACCUGACUUUGUUCAUCGUAAGACAUCACAAAGAGAAAGUCACAAGCAUCUGCAAUUCCAGUAUAAUUAUAGCACCUUCCGUCUAUAUUCUUUGGAGACCAAGCAACAUCAAAGGUUACCUGUGAGAAAAACACAAAUUGUUUUGUGUAACAUGAUCAAAUGUCUAUAUUAUAUCAGAUUUUUUUAUUCUAUAUUCUCUUACCUCAUGCUACCCAAGAAAAAAAGAACUACUUAAAGUGUAUAAAUGUUGAGUUUUACAUAUACAGAGCUACAACAGUACUAAGAAAUAUAUAUUUUUUUUACUACAUUCAACUGGCCCAGACAUAUGUUUGGACAUACAAUGACUAGGACCAGGGCUCUCUAUAGAAGAGCAGCUUGAUACCCAAAUGAUUUCAAUCAGCUGGUAACUCAACUGAUUGAAAGAAGCCUAUUUAAUGACAAUGGGAGAGGGGGAAGCUGAGUAACUGGAGAGUAAAGGAACCCUAAAAGAAUUUAAAUACAAUACUUAUUAAAGGUAGUGUGGGGGCAAAAUAGGUCACCUGAUGACACAAGCAGACUGGGUUGUGAGGUUAAGCUUCUGAUGCACAAUCACGUUAAUUGGUAGCUUUGGCCCAAUAGUAUAUUAUAGUGGUGUUUUAUGGCCCACAGUUAUAAUCAACUCAAAAUGGCAAAAAAAUCAUUUAAAAUGAUCUUUUAUUGAAAUAUUCAAAUAAAACUUGAGUGAUGUAUUGUCUUUCA